AUGAGGACGCUACAAAUCGCGGCGGUUAAUCUUCUUGCCGUGCAGAGUCAAAUGUCGGAUUCAGAUAUUGGCUCAUAUGACGCAAGCUACUAUAUGGACAACUAUUAUGAUUACUAUUACGAUGACGUGGAUGAGUUUGGAGAAAGGAAGAAAAAGAAGAAGAAGAAACAGCAGAAUAAGAAUAAAGUAAAUUAUUAUGAGGAACUACCGAGUUAUCUGAAUGGAAAGGAUGAAUAUGGCGAAAUCGAUGAAACGAUGGGCCACAAUGGUCACCAAUGCUGGAAGUGUCACUCUGCCUCGUACGAAGAGUGCGUUUCUGAAGGCUACUACGUAAACUGCAAGGAUGAGCAGUAUCAUUGUGACAUCAGAGAAAAUCGACAUUUUGGCAAUGUGACCAAGGUUCAUAUGGGCUGCAAGCAAUCGAAGGCCUGCCUCGCCGAAUUUGAGCAAAAUGACAAGUUCUAUGGGCGAGAUCUUCCAAAAGUAAUGGGCUUCAACUUUUUCUUUGGGCAAACUGAAGACCAGCCCGGGCCGUACCAUCAAUGCUUCCCUGCGAAUUCGACGAUUGAAGUGUCCAUCUGCCGUCAAUGCUGCACUGACAACAAGUGCAAUUAUAAUUGGACAGAUGGAUCGCUCGACACGGAGCAAGAAUGGAACGAUAAAACAAACCAUCCUCUUCUAGAAGAAGAUGACGAAGAAGAAGAAGCCUGA